UACUGAGAAAAUUUCAUAAACGGUGCCCGCCAUUGUGAGAGCGGAGUCUACGUACACGAAAGGCGGUGGAUGUGUUAACUAUUUGUAAACAAUGGCAUACACCGCCGAUUCAAAUGCACCUUUACGAGAUGUUAAAAGAGUACAGUUUGGGAUAUUAAGCCCAGAUGAAAUUAGACGCAUGUCAGUUACUGAUGGUGGAAUCAAGUACUCUGAGGUCACCGAGGGUGGCCGCCCCAAGUUGGGUGGUCUCAUGGAUCCUCGUCAAGGCACCAUUGACAGAUCGGCUAGAUGUCAGACGUGUGCAGGGAACAUCUCAGAAUGUCCUGGACAUUUUGGUCAUAUAGAGCUUGCCAAACCAGUAUUUCAUAUAGGUUUUCUUGUGAAGACCAUCAAAGUUCUCAGAUGUGUUUGUUUCUUCUGCUCCAAGCUUCUUGUUGACCCGACACACCCAAAGAUGAAAGAAAUAUUGUCGAAGUCCAGGGCUUAUCCAAGAAAGCGAUUGGUAGCAGUGUAUGAUUUAUGUAAAUCCCGAAAAGUGUGUGAAGGAGGAGAUGAAAUGGACUCAAAACUUGGGGAUGACAACCAAGAUGGAGAUCAAAAGAAGGGACAUGGGGGAUGUGGUAGAUACCAGCCCAAAAUCAAGAGGAACGGACUUGAGUUAAUUGCUGAGUGGAAAGAUACCAACGAAGACUCGCAGGAGAAAAAAAUUAUCUUGACAGCUGACAGAGUUCAUGAAAUAUUCAAAAGAAUUUCGGAUGAAGAAUGUCAGGUGUUGGGUAUGGAUCCUAAGUUCUCCCGUCCAGAUUGGAUGAUUGUUACAGUUAUGCCAGUGCCACCAUUGGCUGUUCGACCAGCUGUUGUCAUGUUUGGAUCAGCUAGAAAUCAGGAUGACUUGACCCAUAAACUAGCAGACAUAAUCAAAGCUAACAACCAGCUACGACGAAACGAGCAGAACGGAGCCGCCUCCCACAUCAUUUCUGAGGACAUGAAGAUGUUGCAGUAUCAUGUGGCAACAUUUACAGACAAUGAACUUCCAGGUCUUCCCAAGGCUGUUCAGAAGUCUGGCCGUCCACUGAAAUCUGUCAAACAGAGGCUAAAGGGGAAGGAAGGUCGUGUCAGAGGAAACUUGAUGGGGAAACGUGUGGAUUUCUCUGCCAGAACUGUCAUUACCCCAGACCCCAACUUGAGGAUUGAUCAAGUCGGUGUGCCAAGGUCCAUUGCACAGAAUAUGACCUUCCCAGACCUGGUCACUCCAUUCAAUAUCGACAGAAUGCAGGAACUUGUGAGGAGGGGAGCCAAUCAGUACCCAGGUGCCAAGUACAUCAUUCGUGACAAUGGAGAAAGGAUUGAUCUGAGGUUUCACCCCAAAGCAAGUGAUCUCCAUUUACAAAUAGGUUACAAGGUGGAAAGACACAUGCAAGACAACGACUAUGUAGUGUUCAAUAGACAGCCUACUCUCCACAAAAUGAGUAUGAUGUGUCACAAGGUCAAAGUUUUACCUUGGUCUACCUUCAGGCUGAAUCUCAGUGUAACCACCCCAUACAAUGCUGAUUUUGAUGGAGAUGAAAUGAACCUUCACUUACCUCAAUCCCUAGAAACAAAGGCUGAAAUUUCCAAUUUGGCCUUGGUACCCAGAAUGAUCAUUACACCACAGGCUAACAGACCAGUUAUGGGCAUUGUGCAGGACACACUGACUGCUGUGAGAAAAAUGACCAAAAGAGAUGUUUUCUUGGACAGGGGCCAAGUGAUGAACCUUCUCAUGUUCUUGCCCCGAUGGGAUGGCCAUGUUCCCCAGCCAGCAAUUCUGAAGCCCAAGCCCUUGUGGACAGGAAAGCAGCUGUUCUCAUUAGUCAUCCCAGGUCGUACUAAUUGUAUCAGAACCCACAGCACCCACCCAGAUGAGGAAGACAAAGGACCAUACAAGUGGAUUUCCCCAGGGGACACAAAGGUGCUGAUUGAGGAUGGUAUGCUGAUUAGUGGGAUUCUGUGUAAGAAGACACUGGGAACCUCGAGCGGCUCACUUGCCCAUGUUGUUUUCAUGGAGUAUGGUUUUGAGGUGGCAGGUUUAAUGUAUGGUCACAUCCAGUCAUUGGUCAACAACUGGCUGUUGUUGGAGGGACACAGCAUUGGUAUAGGGGACACUAUUGCAGAUCCCCAGACCUACAUAGAUAUCCAGGAUACCAUCAAAAAAGCAAAGCAUGAUGUGAUAGAAGUUAUUGAGAAGGCACACAAUGAUGAUUUGGAACCAACUCCUGGUAACACCCUCAGACAGACUUUUGAAAAUAUGGUGAACCGAAUCUUAAACGAUGCCAGAGAUAAGACAGGAAGCAAAGCUCAGAAAUCUCUAUCAGAUUACAACAACUUCAAGGCUAUGGUGGUGGCAGGUUCAAAGGGAUCCAAGAUCAACAUUUCACAGGUUAUUGCAUGUGUAGGACAACAGAACGUGGAAGGAAAACGUAUUCCUUUCGGUUUCCGACAUAGAACUUUGCCACAUUUCAUUAAGGAUGACUAUGGUCCAGAGUCUAGAGGUUUUGUAGAAAACUCGUACCUUGCCGGAUUGACACCAUCAGAGUUCUACUUUCACGCCAUGGGAGGUCGUGAAGGGUUGAUUGAUACUGCUGUCAAAACAGCAGAAACCGGUUACAUUCAGAGAAGACUGAUCAAAGCUAUGGAGAGUGUGAUGGUGAAAUAUGAUGGAACUGUGCGUAACCAGGUGGAACAGUUGGUACAGCUUCGUUAUGGAGAGGACGGACUAGAUGCAGUACAUGUCGAGUUCCAGACCAUGCCAACUCUCAAACCUUCCAAUAGGGCAUUUGAGAGGCAGUUUAAAUUUGAUGCAACAAAUGAAAGGUAUAUGAAGAAAUGCUUAUCAGAGGAAGUGAUAAAGGACCUGAUGGGAGAUGCACAUUCUGUGUCACAGUUGGAGAAAGAGUGGGAUCAGCUGAAAGAGGACAGGGAUAUUCUCCGUUCUAUCUUCCCAACAGGAGACAGCAAGGUGGUCCUACCUUGUAAUCUUCAGAGGAUGAUCUGGAAUGCACAGAAAAUCUUCCGUAUUGACGUUCACAAGCCCACAGACCUACACCCUAUUAAAGUUGUGGAAGGUGUGGACGAGCUGUGUAAGCGUCUGAAUGUGGUAGUAGGGGAGGACAGGCUCAGUGUCCAGGCUAAUGCCAAUGCUACUCUAUUGAUCAAAUGUCUGGUCAGAUCUACACUGUGUGCUAAGCGUGUGACAGAGGAAUUCCGACUGAGCUCUGAGGCAUUUGAAUGGCUUAUUGGAGAAAUUGAAUCCAGAUUCCAGCAAGCUCAAGUACAUCCAGGUGAAAUGGUGGGUGCCCUUGCUGCCCAGUCUCUGGGAGAACCUGCCACCCAGAUGACACUGAACACUUUCCAUUAUGCUGGUGUGUCUGCCAAGAACGUAACCCUUGGUGUGCCACGUCUUAAGGAAAUCAUCAACAUAUCAAAGAAACCCAAGACACCGUCCCUGACAGUGUAUUUAAUUGGUCAGGCUGCAAGAGAUGCUGAGAAAGCAAAGGAUGUGUUGUGCAGAUUAGAACACACCACUCUACGCAAGGUGACAGCAAAUACUGCUAUCUACUAUGAUCCUGACCCUCAAAACACAGUUAUUUCUGAGGAUCAGGAGUGGGUGAAUGUGUACUAUGAGAUGCCUGACUUUGACGUGUCUAAAAUAUCAGCCUGGCUGCUAAGAAUUGAAUUGGACAGGAAGAGAAUGACAGACAAAAAACUUACCAUGGAACAGAUAUCCGAAAAGAUAACUGCAGGAUUUGGGGAUGAUCUAAAUUGCAUCUUCAAUGAUGACAAUGCAGAGAAGCUUGUCCUCCGCAUCAGGAUUAUGAAUUCGGAUGAGAGCAAAAUGCAGAAUGAGGAGGAUAUUGUAGAUAAAAUGGAAGAUGAUGUGUUCUUGAGAUGUAUAGAAGCAAAUUUAUUGUCAGACAUGACUCUGCAGGGAAUUGAAGCGAUUGCCAAGGUGUACAUGCACUUGCCAAAUACUGAAGACAAGAAGAGGAUUUUCAUUACAGAGGAGGGAGAGUUUAAAGCAGUGGCUGAAUGGAUCCUGGAAACUGAUGGUACAGCUCUGAUGAAGGUUCUUAGUCAGAGAGAUGUAGACCCAAUCCGAUCCACUACCAAUGACAUCGUAGAAGUCUUCUCUAUCCUUGGUAUAGAGGCUGUAAGAAAGUCCAUAGAGAAGGAGAUGAACCAUGUCAUUUCUUUUGAUGGCUCCUAUGUCAACUACAGGCAUCUGUCUCUGUUGUGUGACUCCAUGACAGCCAAAGGUCAUCUGAUGGCAAUUACAAGACAUGGAAUCAACAGACAGGAAACAGGGGCCUUGGCUCGGUGCUCCUUUGAAGAAACGGUGGAUAUUUUGAUGGAGGCUGCUUCUCAUGGAGAAAUGGAUCCCAUGAAGGGCGUGUCGGAAUGUAUAAUGGUAGGCCAGCUGUCUAGAAUUGGAACAGGGAGCUUUGAUUUGUUACUGGAUGCUGAGAAGUGCAAGUAUGGAAUGGAGAUUCCGACCAACAUUGGAGCAGGAAUGCCAGGUGGAAUCGGUACUGGUUUGUUCUUUGGAGCUGGAAGUAGCCCAACAGCAGGAAUGUCACCUCAAAUGACACCAUGGCAGCAAGGAGCAACUCCAGCCUACGCCAGUGCAUGGUCACCUGGAGUGGGCAGUGGAAUGACCCCAGGAGCAGCAGGAUUCUCACCAUCUGCUGCCAGUGAGAGUGGGUACAGUCCUGGCUACAGCCCUGCCUGGUCACCUCAGCCAGGUUCACCAGGACCAGCAAGUCCCUACAUACCCAGCCCAGGGGGAGCCAUGUCGCCUAGCUACUCCCCAGCCUCUCCUUCUUAUGUGCCCUCUUCUCCUGCUGCUACACCACAAAGUCCAGGAUAUUCACCAACUAUUACAGUCCUACUUCUCCAAGCUAUUCUCCAACCUCUCCCAGUUACUCUCCCACAAGUCCAAGUUACUCUCCGACCUCUCCCAGUUAUUCUCCGACUAGUCCUUCGUACAGUCCUUCAAGUCCUUCUUACAGCCCAAGCUCCCCAAGUUAUUCUCCUACAAGCCCCAGUUACAGCCCAACAAGCCCAAGUUACUCUCCCAGCAGUCCAAAGUACAGUCCUACAAGUCCAUCUUACUCCCCCACAAGCCCCUCGUAUUCCCCCAGCUCCCCACAAUACUCCCCCUCAUCUCCCAAAUAUUCUCCUUCCAGCCCCUCCUAUUCCCCCAGCAGUCCUAAGUACACCCCCAACUCUCCCACUUACUCCCCUUCCUCUCCCAACUAUAGCCCCACUUCUCCCGAGUACAGCCCAAGUUCUCCGCGAUACAGUCCAAGUCCAAAGUAUUCCCCCACGUCGCCUACCUAUUCACCUACCAGCCCUAGACAUUCUCCGGCUAGCCCAUCUUAUUCCCCCUCAAGCCCGCAGUAUACCCCUACUAGCCCAACCUACACCCCAUCAUCACCUCAGUACACACCUACCAGUUCACGGUACUCACCAGACACACCUGGAUCUCAAUGAAAAGCAGGAGGGAAGAAAUUCGAAUUUUUAAGAAUUUUAUUGCAGAACAAUGGCUCGUUACGAUAGUGACGACGAUAGAAAGAAACGAAAGAAGAAGAAAAAGAAGCAUUCCCGAUCAAGAUCUAGGUCAAGGAGUAGGAGAAGAGACAGGAGUCCCAAAAGCAGGACAACAGAAGAUCCUUUCACAAAUGUUCCCGGUUUUGCAGACAUGACACCCUCUGAGCAGGCUCAGGUCAGGAUGCAAAUGGCACUAAAAGCUGCAGCUGCAGCAGAUGAGAAAAUUAAGGAGCAGACAACAAGCUCUUCAGAAAGUAAAUCACACAAGGAACAACUCCAGUUCUCUAAUGCUAUCAAAGACAUCGAGAGCUCCUCCUUUGUUCAGUCGACAUUCUUCUCCAAUAGAUCAGACAAAGACAAAACAAGCUCAAAGAAAGAGGAAGAGUUCUUCUUUGGUACUGCUGCUGAGUUCAAACCUGACAUGGCUGUGAAAAAAAUCCUGGAGGUAGAUGACCUGUCAAAGCUGGCUCACUCCAAUCUGUUUGUGGAUCCGGAAGUCAAAAUGGAUCAGUGGAUUGAGAGACUAAAAUCUCUUAGACAAAGAAAACUGGAAGGAGAAGUUAUAAUGCAGGUUAUAGAAGACAUGGAAGGAAGACUUAGAAACUGUGAAAGAACACACGGACCAGAGACUUUGAAAACAGUUCAGCACAAUACAGAAGACCCUUUUUCAUAUUCAUCUUUGAAUAAAAACUACAGAAUUCCGAAAAUGACAACUGAAGAAAGGGACCACAAACAAAUGCUGAAAGAUAGUGGGAUUGAUACGAAAGGAAUGACAAAAGAUGAGAUAUUACAGAUUGUGGAAGUCCUUGAGCUGUCAAAACAGGAUGUGUCGGAGAAUGCUUACCAUAGCCAAUCUGACCAAUCGGAACCAACCUCCCCAAAAACCAUUCAAUCAAAGAGUGCCUCACAGGAAUUCAGUACACCAAAUAGAGGAACUCAAGGAUCGAGCCAGUCACAUGCUGCUACUGUGACUGAAAGUACGACGGGGGACAGAGACUCCAGACAACAGUCCAACCACGGGGGAAACAACAAGCCAGUUAGUAGGACGAGUUUUAGACUCUCAGAAACACCAGAAGAGGAGGAUGGGGAAGAUGUUUCUGUUGUUAAUAAAAGGCAGGCUAAUAGAAAAGUAACAGCAGCUGUGGAAGGUUCUACAAAGACGUCUGAAACAACCUCAGGGCCAGAACUUCAUGAAGGAAUGAUUGACAAGGUAGUUAGAACUUGCAGGAAAGCAAGUGCAUCAGUGUUCAGAAAUUUUACUGCAAAACGAAAGACAACACGGAGCCCUGUAAUAAUUGCAGAUUCGUCUGAUAACGAGGAGCAGAGUGAAGAUGACUUUGAAACAAAAGUAAGGAAGAAUUCCCACAAGAGGAUGAUACUGGAAAGUAGCGAUGAAGACACUCAGGAGUUUGUCCCAGCAAAGCAAAAGAAUGUAGCUGUCUCAAAAAGAAUGAAACUGAUGUCUUCUGAUACUGAGACUGUAAAGGAUAGCCAGGAGGAAGAUAACCAGAGGUCUCUAUCCCCCACAGCAAUUGAACUGGAGAAUUUCAAGCAGGAUCUCGAAGAUAAGAAUACUUACAGGUCACUUGGUAGACAUUACAGAAAAGUGAGGAGAAGGAGUGGCAGAAACAAAAACUUGACUCCUCUUUAUGCACCUGAUCUUAAAAAGGUGGAAAACUGGACCCGGGUGAUCUUACAAGUAUUUGAGAUUUAUCAUCGAAAACUCUUCCAUCUGCAAUCUAAGUCACAAACAUAUCUAGAGCAAGGGGAACCAGUAAAAGCUGGCCGGCAUGCAGAAAAAACCAUUGAUGUCAAGAGGCGCGGCCAGCAGGAGGCUGAAAUGUUCAAUUCUGUAGAGGAGGAGGAUGUAGAGUUUGCGACGGUGAAUAACGCAAACGGCCAAUUUUGUUUGAAUGAAAAUUCUACUGAUUUGACAACUAAUCCAGCCAAUAAAGAUGGAAGAACUGGUGCAGGCAAGCAAACGAGACCUCUGAAGCUGACUAAACCAAGAAGAAAGGCAAACAAAGAUAAAGACGAAGAAAAGAAUGUGUUUGAUUUUGUGGAGAAUGAUGAUGGCCUGGUGGAAGUGGUAGAUAAAGGUAGUCAGGUGGCGUACUCUCCUGCAGAGAAAGAGGAUGUGGAGCUGUCCGAGUAUUUCAUGGGAGGAAACAAAGAAAAUCAUGGAGGGGGUGUGCAAGGGGAGAAGAUUGUUAAGGAUAGGCACACUCCUGACAUCUUGAUGGGAGAAGAUGCAGAUAUAUUUCCAAAGUCUGUCAGAAAACCUGCUCCUAAACGAAUUGGAAAGGUUUCCCAGGGAAGUGGAAAACCAGAGAAACAAUUACAGUUUGAUGUCAAAGCACUUAGAAGUAGAGUUACUAAAAGUGAAAAUAAUGAAAGUGGCACCCUUGAUAGCAACGAGUCUAAAUUGAAUGAAAAGUUGUCAAAAACAAGGCUAAAGAGGUAUCAUAGUGAUAUUAGUACAGCCAGUUCUGAUUCGACAUCUCGAAUGGAGGAGGACUUUAUCCAAGAGUUGGCAAAGAAAGACAAAUUAAUGAAAGCAGGAACAUUACAUCCUACCAAGAGUCCCGAGAUAAUGAUUAAUCCAGAGGGCGACGUCUACGCUACCCAGGUGUGUGCAAUGGAGGAGAAGCAUUCAAAUAACUUUGAAGGAAAUGAAGAAAUAAUGGAUACACAAGUGACUGAAAAUUAUUUUAAUGUUGGGGAUAACGAUGGUAAAAUUAAUCUAAGCCCUUUGGUUAGCGGUAAGACUAUGUGGAGAGAUAAUUCUAAAUGUGUGGAUGAGACAGAAAAUAAGUUUGAUGAUUCUUCGAAGGUGAAUUCUGUUGAUGAGAUCAUUGCAGAUGACUCGGACGAGGAAGUCAUAUUUAAUGUUAAAUCUCCAGGAGAGGAAAAUGUACAAAAGAAAAAAAAGAGCAGGGAUCAGGAUGGUGAGGUCAGACUGAACAUAAAGAGAAGAUACGGACCAAGCAAGGUGAGGAAGUUCCAGAUACCCGAUCCUGAAGAAGACCGUGAGGCUCAAACUUCAAGUGAGGUCAAGGUGAGGGCGGAAGGAGAUGUCAAUGAAAGUGAUGAUGAAUGGCUGCCGGUCAGCCAUUGGACUAAAGAUAAACGAACCACAAAGACCUAUGCAAAGAGAACCAAAACUAAUGAAAAUUCCUGCAAACCUCCACCUAAGAUUUCAGAAAAGGUGUCUUGUCCCAUGUGUUAUAGGAAGUUUGACAGUGACCACAUAGAAACCCAUGCUGCCCAGUGUGAGGGAGAGAUCAAUGAUGGUGCCCAUGAAAGCAUGGAUACAGAGACAAACAGAAACCAAGGCAAUUCAUCAACAUCCGAGAAAAUGGAUGUCUGCAUAGUGUGUGAGAAACCAUUGCCACAUGGAUAUCAGGACUAUGCCCAUCCUCAGUGUUUGAAGGAAGCUACUCAGGCACAGCACAUGGUAGAUAACAAAAGUUUUCCCAGCAUGCAAGCUGAGGAGCCACGGACCACUAGAUCCAGGGGGCGGUCUCAACAAUCAAAAUCAGCCAAUCAAAGCUCGGACCAGUCAAACAUUUUUGAAGGAUAAUAAACUAUAAAGAAAAUAUUGUGGAAAGUUGAAUGAAGCAUCACUGUUAUAUAUUUAUUGUUGAUAUUGCAUUAAAUAUUGAUAUGGUGUGA